ACACACAUGGACUUAAUAGGCGCUCGCUAACUUCACACUUACACACACACAUGGACUCAAUAGGCACUCGCUAACUUCACACUUACACACACACAUGGACUCAAUAGGCGCUCGCUAACUUGUCCAGCAGCGCCCAUCCGCUCGGGACAGGAGGUGCCCGCGUGGACGUUGCGGGGGGACGACGAGAGAUGGACAAUCGGCCGACGAGGUGACGAGGCGUCGUGGAUGCGGCGAGGUGAUGAGCGAGGUGGACAACUGGUAAAAGUUGGAAGGUUGACGCCGUGGUUUGACGAUGGACAGUGGAGGCGAGGUGUUGACGGCGGAGGGCGAAUACAAAGUGUUCAAGAUGGACAAUGGAGCGAGAGUGUCUGGUGUGGACGCGCUGUUGGAGGUGAACGAUGGAGGUGGAGCAUCGGGCGUUGACAGGGCGACGGCGAAGGUGGACAGCAGAGACAAAGCGUCGGGUGCGGGGAAGUCGUUCAAGGUGGACAAUGGAAACGGUGGGAACAAGGUGUUGAUGAUGGCAAAUGGAGGUGGAGCAUUUGGCGCUGGCGAGACGUUAAAGGUGGGAAAUGGAAACGUGGCGUUGGACUUGUACAAGGCGUUAAAGAUGGAUAAGAGAGGCGAGGCUUUGUGUGCGAGCGAGGUGGAAGAUGGGGCCAAGGCGUUGCGUGCGAACGACGUGCUAAAGAAGACAAACGAGGGAGGCAAGGCGUCGGGUAGAGACGAGGUGGUGAAGAUGAACAAAGUUGACAAGGUCUCGCGGAAGGCCAAGAGAGUGGCAAAGAUGGGCAAGUCGCCCAACACUGCCACGGUGGGCACGGCGUUGAGGAGAGACGACACCAACGCGCCGGAUGGGGCGUGGGGACUGGACGAGGUGGACACGGUGUGCGACCUGGACGCGCUGGACACGGUGUGCGACCUGGACGCGCUGGACACGGUGUGCGACCUGGACGCGCUGGACACGGUGUGCGAGGUGGACGAUUUGGGGCCGCUCGAGCAGAUUCUGUCCGCUGGCGUCCUGGCCAAGGUUCGCUGUGGGCGCUCGUUCGCCAUGGCCCGUAGCGGCCGGGCGCUCGUGAGCCUCGACCACGCCGACCGGUUUGGGUACGCCAACGUGUCGGACGCUAUCGUGGACGUGCUCGUGUUGCCGCCGCCUGGGACCGCCGCGACCGACGCGGCGCCCGAGCCGGAGGAGGAGGAAUCGCCCGCGGAGGCGACGCCGCCGGCGCCCCCUCCUGCUGUGGCGCUGGUGGCGGUGGUGUUCGAGAGCGGGCGCGUGGAUUUCUGGAGGAGCGACGUGCGGCGGCAGCGGCACGAGAUGUCACCGGCAGGACGUGCCGACCUGUGCAUCAGCCCUCGUGCCAGGGUGCUGUCGGCGGCCGCUUUCUCGUCGUGCCUGCUGUGGUGCGAGUCCCGCUCCUCUUCCGCGCCGCGCUCCAGCAGGGACCUGCUGCUGCGCCACUGCGUGUGCAGGCGGGCCGUGUCGCAGGCCACCGGCGGCGGCGGCCCCGCCACGCUGGGAGGCGUGCAGGUGCUGCUCCACGGCUGUCCCACCUUGCACGUGGUGCCGUCGGCGGACGUGGUGCACCUCGUGCCCUUCCAGCGGAACCCCACGCCGCUGCAGUCGCUGCUGCCGCUGUGGUCGCCGCGCGAUGGCACCGUGUCGGCGGUGGCCCUGCGCCGCGGCGGCGUCGUCUGCGCAAGGCGCCCGGACUCGGACGCCGAUUUCAAGGGCCUGGCGCUGGGGUGCGCGAGCCCGCCGCCCACCGGCGAGCCCAUCGUGGCGCACACCGCUUGCCGCGGAGGGGGCUUGCUGCUGGGCCUCUCCGACGGCCGUGUGUGGCGUGUGGAGCGCGAUGGGGCGUGCCGCGUGUUGUGCCGCUGCGAUCUGUUGCGGCGCGGCUCGCGUUUGGACAUGCUGGCUGUCAAAAACGCAUUGGCCGUUGCCUCCGAUAGGGACGUGGAAAUGUUCGACACUCGGAGUGGGCAUCUGAUAAGGAAAAUAAAGGGCGGCGUUUGCAUCUUGAGCAUCAUGUCGGACAGGGACGAGGAUGAGUUUCGUUUUCUGACUGAAAAAGGAAUUUACCGAGUUGACACAGAGCCAGCACGAUCGCACGGCAGUGGCAGCUUGAGACCACAGGACGUUUUAUCUGCUUGGGUCUAUGAAGAGGCCUGCAGUUACUACCAGAAACGAAGUUUGACUGGCAACAAAAUUACACCGGAGCAGCUGAAACAAGGUGGCGCUGGAAAAGGAGCUGCUUCUGUUGUGGCCAUCCUUUCCCAUGCCGUGUGUCCCAAAAAUACCAAUUCACAGGCCGCACCCUUUUCUGUGAAUCUGGAAAAUGCACUGAAGCCUUUGAUCGAAAGCUAUGUAAAAAUUGAACAAAUCAAGCGUACAUUUGUUGUGGAUGAUGAAGCAGAAAUUCAAUACGCCGAGUUCAUCAAAGAGGAGGUGUCCAGGCUGCUGCAGGGCAGGGACAUGGGCACACCUCAGCGAUUCCAGAGUCUCCUUGACACAUUCCUGAGUGAAACUCUGUCAGCAGUUUGGGACAUCCUGGGGCCCAAUAAUGAUGGAGCGGCAGCAGCAGGAGCAGCUGGAGGAGGGACAAACGAAUCCUGGCGGUGCGUGAUGCAGGAGAACACGGACCGGGACUGCGUGCCACCCGUCUACGAGCAGCUCUGCGUGGCGCUGUACCAACACCGGCCCGAGGAUCUGCUUCCCUUUGUGGGAGCGGCGCAGGAAAGUCAGCGAGCGGUGCCCAGGUCACGUCUGUCGGCCGACAGUGCCGCCACACCUCCGCACCUGCGAGCGCUGUUCGUGCUGCCGGAGAGCAAAGGCGGCAGCGGCGGCGGCGGCGGCGAAGAAGCGGCGUUCAUCCGCACCGAGCUGCUGUGCAGAGGCUCGCCGGAGGACGCAGCGCAGGCCAUCCAGCUGCUGCUUAGCAUGGGCAUGUGGCAGCAGGCUGUGGCGGCCGCCAGCCGGUACCGCAUCGACAACCAAAUGCUGCAGGCCCAGGUGUUCACCACCUUCCUCGAUGCGUUCACCUGCAGCCGGGGGCUGGACCCGUACGUGGGCAAAGUGUGGGAGUUGUGCCCGGACAGCAUGACCGCUACGGACGUGCUGGCCACGGUGCUGCACAAUUUGCCCAACUCGCACGACGAGGCGCAGCCCUUCGGUCGGAGAGACGCGCAGAUCACCAUAGAGCUCCUGCGCCCACUUUUGACGCGGCUGCUGCUCAAGGAGAGCGCACGGUUUGAGAUGUGACGGCGUGGUUCUUUUAGUUGCAGAGCGACGGUACAAAGUUUGAUUUGAAAAGAACAUUUAAGGAAUAUACCUCGUGACAUUGCCCGUGCGCGCGCAUUGGUGGCACAGCGCUUCUGGAAGUGGGUUUUCUCUCGAGAGAGAGAGAGAGGGGGGGCACCACUCCAUUAAGAGGUGGAGAUACUUGAAUAGGUUUUAAACUUUGAAGUGCUUGUUGCUGCAUUGCAUAUUCAUUCACAUUGUGCCUGAAUUGCGGCGACUGAAGUUUGCCAGCCUUGUGUUACUGAGGGCAUGUUUAAUUGGGGUCUCAGGAGAAGUGGCCUGUCUCGCCUUGUCUUCAUGUUGCGAAAAGCUGCCUCAAAUCGGUCACUUUGCAUGAUGCCUAAAUUGCACCAUUUUUUUGCAUGCGGUAAUAUUUAAACGUUCUUUUCUUUGCUGUUUAUUUUCUGUUAUAAAUGAGCAAAAGUGCUGUUCUCUUAAGAUUGUAAGGUUGUAGCAGUGCAUAUUGUAUUCGAUGAACAAUCGUGAUUAAUUUAUUUUAAGUUUGUUGCAAAUAUACAUAAUAACCAUUGCCACAAGCCAUGGCGUUCAGUUUCACUAUUGGUUCUGUAUCAAAUGUAGGAACUACAGUGCAGUAAUUCGACCAUGCUAAUCUUUUCAAAUAUACACAGCAGCCCAAUGUUCGUGACUCAUUGUGGUCCACCUUAACAUUGUUCAAAUUGGGUGUGCAGUGCUAUUUGGUUCGAAGUAAUCUUUGUUAAUAUUUGUUUGUUAAUAUAAAGUAAAUUAUUGUAAAGAUGUAAAUUAUUGCCAUUGCAUUAGCUUGCCAUGGUGGUUACAAAAAGCAAAACAAUCCGUUGCAAGCAAAAUAACAACACUAAGUAUUUCAGCUAAUAAUGCCACAUCAGCAAAAACAAUAGUUAUUUAUUUUCUGGUACAAAGUGUCAGUAUUUAUAUGAACAUGAAUGUACGGUUCGGUGCGUGGCACUAAAAGUGUGGGAUCCGUUAGCCACGCAUACUCGAGGGGACUCAAUGUUCCAGAUGAAUGUGACCCGUCUAAAUGUUGCCAGCAAGGCAGAUUCUAUGCCAGCCACAUCCGAUAUAUAACAGUGGGUGUGUACCUAGUUGCUCUACAAGGCAACACGAUUUAGAUGAAGCACAACUGUCUAAGAUUGUGGAAUGUAUGUUCGGGUUGUCUGAACAGAUGCUGUAUUGUCAUAUAAAAUUAUUUUAAAAUGAAGCAGAAGGUAACGACUACUACUAUUUCCUUUUUCAGAAAUGUUUUUACUUUUUUCGAUUUUCAAGUUCUUUUCGCUUAAAAAAUUGUCCGCAUGAAUGUUUGAUUAAAUACGUGAACUCCCGCCGCUUCUUCUUUCGUGACCACGUCACUGCACAACACUUCCAAUUUUCCAAGGUAGCACCCACAAAUAAGCAGAUUUGUUUGAAUGUCACCAUGGGGGGCAAUCAUUGUGGCAUGAAAAUCCGUCUGCGGGACUCCCCUCGAGACCCCCCUGUGGCCCUGGCAGGAGGCACGGACAAGACAUGGCUCAAUGGUCUCUCACUUGCGUGUGGAUUUUCUACAGGGGGUGGGAAUGUACGAGUUGCUCAGAGUUUCCACGCCUUCUGAUGUGCAGGAAGCAGCGAUGAUUAUUAAAAUAACAUCUUUA